AGAAGCAAAAAUAAAUCACACUACUUAAUCUGAACUAUUUUGAUAUUUUAUGAACUUUUUUUUUUCCCUUCUAAAAAGGUGGGUGGCACACACGCAACACACGUGAACACGCACGCACAUGUCGCGUCAGCUGAAAAACAAGUAGAUAAGAAUCUAACCUCAGCUAUUUCCCUCACGGGACCGUAACCCAUUACCUGGCUGUUUGCGCUAUUCAACGUUCCCUGCAUGACUACAGGCUGUGCUCGUGCUGUUAACAAAUUGUGCUCUUCUUCUCUUUCUUUCCUCCUUUCUUUCUUUCUUUCUUUCUUUCUUUCUUUCUUUUCCGACCAGCUCACCUGGCUUCACCUCCUUUUGUCAUGGUAACGCCGCUCGGUUUGAGCUCCGGCCCUCGGCUAUUGUGGGUCAUAUGUAUUGGAUCACAUCAAACGCAGCUGAAAAAGAGUCCCUCUUUCCGGAUGUCCGUCGUAACGAUAACACCCCGAGGCAUGACAGCAUUGGCAGGAGGCUUAACGAGAAUGAUGAGACCCGGUCCACACCAGAAUUACGCACGGGGAGUCUACUCCCUUGAGGUGUCCACUCCUCUGGGCCAGGGUCGUGUCAACCAGCUCGGCGGCGUAUUCAUAAACGGCCGGCCUCUGCCCAACCACAUCCGCCACAAGAUCGUGGAGAUGGCCCAUCACGGGGUUCGGCCCUGCGUCAUCUCCCGCCAGCUGAGGGUCUCCCACGGUUGCGUGUCCAAGAUCUUGUGCCGCUACCAGGAGACUGGAUCCAUUCGGCCUGGAGCCAUCGGAGGAAGCAAGCCAAAGCAAAGUGCUUCCCCAGAACUGGACAAGAAGAUUGAAGAGUACAAAAGGGAAAACCCGGGAAUGUUCAGCUGGGAAAUUAGGGACAAGUUAUUGAAAGAUGGCAUCUGUGACAGAAACAGCGUUCCUUCAGUGAGCGCCAUCAGUCGCGUCAUGAGGUCCAAAUUUGGUAGUUUGGGUGAUGAUGACGAGGAGGAUGGUGACGAGGUGGUGAAGAGGGAGAUGGAAGAAAACGAAUCGAGGACUAAACACAGCAUCGAUGGUAUCCUGGGUGAUAGAUCCAGUCACUCGGACGAGGGCUCCGACGUGGACUCUGAGCCGGGUCUGCCUCUCAAGAGGAAGCAGAGGCGCAGUCGGACCACCUUCACGGCGGAGCAGCUGGAGGAGCUGGAGCGGGCUUUCGAGCGCACGCACUAUCCAGACAUCUACACGCGGGAGGAACUCGCUCAGAGAGCUAAACUCACCGAGGCUCGUGUUCAGGUGUGGUUCAGCAACAGAAGAGCCCGAUGGAGGAAGCAAGCGGGAGCCAAUCAGCUGAUGGCGUUCAAUCACCUAAUCCCAGGCGGUUUCCCUCCAUCGGCCAUGUCGGGCCUGCAGCCCUAUCAGCUGCCCGAAAGUCCCUAUCCGGCCCAAGCAAGCGAACAGCCCAGCACGGUGCAUCGACCGCAACCUCUGCCCCCCACGUCCGUGCACCAGAGCGGGCUCAGCUCCUCGUCCAGCGCUCAGGACGCAGGUUCGGCGUACUGCCUGUCGUCCGGACGUCACGGCUUCUCGGGAUACUCGGACAGCUUCGUGGCCCCGACAGGACACCCCAACGCCGUCAACCCCGCCGCCAUCGGCAACAGCCUCUCACCUCAGGUGAUGGGCCUUUUGAACCCAGGCGGAGUACCCCAUCAGCCUCAGAGUGACUUUGCUCUCUCCCCUCUGACCGGAGGCUUGGAGCCCAACGCCGGCACGGCCGCCAGCUGUCACGGCUCUCAACGACUGGAGGCUUUACCGGGUCUAACCGGGAUGCCCGCCCUGCCGAGCACCCAGUCUUACUGCCCGCCCUCCUACACGUCGCCAGCCUACGCCGUUGACCACCAUCCGUCGUACCAAUACGGGCAAUACAGUCAGAGCAAGGUGCCUUUUAUUAUUUAAAGCCACCUUCUCUUCAACACGGAGGCUUCCCUGCACUACCAGUCGGACUUAGCCGACGUCUCCUCUAGACCCCCAAGCACCCCAAGGACUGCCACGGAGAUCGCAACGGGUUGGAUCGCCGCGAUGCAGCGUGUACUGAUGGCGGGCGGGCUGGACGGGAAUAAUUAGAACCCAAGGUGCAGCAGCCUCUCCAGUUACCUCGUGCGUCAUGUCAUGCGCCGAGGACCGGGCAGGAAAAGCAGGAUUGGCGGCGGGCGGGGCUAUUUUUAAUCCAUUCAACAUUCUCGACUUGAUUUUUGCAACCUGUGGCGGACUUUAGCUGCAUUUCCAAACUUUGGGGCUCCAACACAAAGGGUGGAGCCUGACACGUUGAUUGGUCAGUAGGAUCACCAUCCCAUGUAGACACCUCUUUUCCUUUUUCUCUCUGGGCCCAAGUUGAGCGAGGAUGAAUGGAUUUUUUUUCCUCGUCAAAAAGGCCAGAUGUUCUUCUGGAGGCUGACAACGAUGGAAAAGACAUCAAUCUACCCUGAUGUGGUUUCUGGUUGAAGACGGCUUCGACACACAGGUGAAGAGCCACAGGUCGUGUGUGAUACGGGACGAAGAGACGACCCAAAGAAAGUGCAAUACCUUCAUACCUCCUAAACGAACGCAGACCACAUGUGCACCGAUGUGUCCUACAAGACUGUUUUUUUGUUUCGUCAUUCGUUUUGGGUUGAGUGCAUGGCCAAUCAGGGGAACGGUUGACGAAAAGCUGAACUAAGCCAAAAUAUGGAGGAAGAAAAGAAUGUGUCUACAGGAGAACACAUUUGACACUUCUUUUCAUUUGCAUGUAUUGAGUUUAUCUUGAUCAGGAUUUUUGUUCCAUUCCUUAUUUAUUUAGUUUUGUCAAGUGCUCUGCGUCUUUUGUACUGAUGUAAUCGCAAGUGCUUAAGUCUUAAAACAAUGUUCAUUAUUCAUGUGGGGUUUUUUUUUCUCAAAUCAUAUUGUAUCCUCUUUGUUUGGCUUCAAAUGAUUUUGUUUGAAGACUUUGUGUACAAUACAGCGCUAUUUACUAUUUAUAAUAAAAAGAGGUCGUGACUCGGUGAGUAUUUUA